AGGUAAGUCAGGAAUAUUAUAUAUAAAGGCAGAAGAGACUUAAACUGACCCUUCUAAAGUACUGGCCAGUAAAGGACUAUUAACUUUCUACCCAAAGAACUGUAAAGGAAAUUUUAUCACUCUUCACAAACUGUGAAGAUGGUGGGGCUAAAGCCUUCCGAUGUCCCCCCUCCCUUGGGAGUAAAGGUCCUGAGUGCUGGGACAGCAGCCUGCAUCGCAGACCUGGUCACCUUCCCCCUGGACACGGCCAAAGUCAGAUUACAGAUCCAAGGGGAGAAGGCAGCCGCAGAGGCAGCCAAGGACAUCAGGUACAGGGGCGUGUUUGGGACCAUCAGCACCAUGGUCAGGACCGAGGGGCCCAGGUCGCUCUAUAACGGGCUGGUGGCCGGCCUCCAGAGGCAGAUGGCCUUCGCGUCUAUUCGGAUCGGCCUCUACGACAAUGUCAAGAACUUCUACACCGGGGGAAAGACAGACCGCCCGGGGGUGGGGAUUCGGAUCCUGGCGGGCUGCACCACGGGGGCGAUGGCGGUGUCGGUGGCCCAGCCCACGGACGUGGUGAAGGUCAGGUUUCAGGCCCAAAUGAACCUGAGUGGUGUCCAGCGCAGGUACAGCGGCACUCUGCAGGCCUACAAGCAGAUCUUCCGUCUGGAGGGCAUGAGGGGACUCUGGAAAGGUACACUACCAAACAUUACCAGAAAUGCCUUGGUCAACUGCACAGAACUCGUGACCUAUGACCUCAUCAAGGAGGCAAUUCUCAAACACAACAUCUUAUCAGAUAACCUGCCCUGCCAUUUUGUGUCGGCGUUUGGGGCUGGUUUCUGCACCACGGUGAUCGCCUCGCCAGUGGACGUGGUGAAGACCCGGUACAUGAACUCCCCACCGGGACAGUACAAAAGUGCGGUCAACUGUGCCUGGACCAUGAUGACCAAAGAGGGUCCCACUGCCUUCUACAAAGGAUUCGUUCCCUCUUUCCUAAGAUUGGGCUCUUGGAAUGUGGUAAUGUUUGUGACAUUCGAGCAGCUGAAGAGAGCGAUGAUGAUAUCCAAACAGAGAAUGGAGGCCACGGCAUAAUCAAACUCCCAUGAUAAUGUUCAAAGGAAAUAAAAGGCUUCCACCAAUGGAUAGACGACCCGAAGCAAUUCUGCGCACAGAAGAGACAAUUCCAAAGAUGCUGUGACAUCUUGACGAUAUGACAUCUUGAGAGACACUUCUUUUUUUAGGUUCGCUCUUCAUCCAAGUGGGUGAUGCAAUUGCCGCGAGUAAUAAGUUCUCGAUAUGAAAGGGAAUCAAGCUGUGUCCUUUUUGAAUUAUGUAAACCAGGAGCAAUGACACAGAAGUCAUGCUCUCUAAUUCAGAUGUAAUAGAGAAACGCUUGGCUGUCCUGCAGAGCAUUUUGUUUUUAUUUAUAUUUAUUUUCACAUUGUAUCCUCCAGGGCUCCUCGCUCCCAAAAACGGGCAGUGGUGUGAUUAUGCGUGUGUGAACAUGUGUUCAUAUUCUGUGCCCACACAACACUAAUGCAUUUGCACCAUGAUGUGAAGAAACUAGAAUAGUUUUACACUGCUGGUGUGCUUACAUCAGUGUGAGAAACUCAUAGUUCCACAUCCUGUAAACAUGCAUCCCUUCUCAAUUUAUUUUUUUAAACAAAGCAACACUUAAUACCAAAGUAUGUACAUAGACAAAAAUAAAAUAAUUAUUUCUACCUGCAA